AUGUUCAGAAUAGAGGACAGUGAUCUGAAAAUGAUCACCCCGCAUCACCUCGAGAACACAGUCUUCCUCAUGACAGAAACGAACCGCGCUGCGCUCGAAAAGCGAUCCCCAAUGUACGGAUUUGACAAAGAUGCGCUCAAUUCGAUACCUCCUAGCGAGCGAAUCAUCGUCAGCAACCUUCCUCAGGAUCCCCCAGAUGUUUCGCCAGCGAAAAUAAACGAUGCAAUGUACAGCGCUGUCAAGGCUCUUUUCAAGGGUAUUACCGACGCCGAAGCAAGGGAGAUCCUUGGAGGGGAUACGGUGAAUUAUCGAGGUUUGGAGGCGCAGGGCAUCACAACCGCGGAACAGCUCCGUGCAGCCAAGGGCAAACUCGUUCGCGAGGCAUAG